GGUCCUGCCAUACCCCAUUGGGAUCGAAAGGAUUUGUAUCCGAGGUACUGCAGGCUAAUGCUGUUAUUGUUUAAGCCUUGGGUUUCUGCCGGGGAUUUGCAUGAUGUCGGUCAGACCUGGGAAACUGCAUUCUCUGAAUUUAUUAAGAUGGCAGGUCCAGAGGUAUUGAAGGUGAUAAAUAAUAUGCAAAUAAUGCAUGAAUGUAAGGACAGCAGAGAUGAU